AUGCUAAAAAAGUAUCUCUUGUAAUGCAACUCUAAAGACUACUUUCAAUAAAAAAGAGUUCAUACCAAAGAUUCUGAACACACCAGGCAUUUUGAGUAGCAUGUACAUCUGAUAAACUAUGAAAAAGAAUUAUUUAAAGAGAAACAUAGCAACAGAAACUAAGCCAGUAUUAAAACCAAUUGACAUGGAAGAAACUAGAAAAGAAGAGAUUUCUAAGUUUCGUUCUAUUUCACUUUAUAAUAAGAAAUAAGUUCGAUUACCAUCUUCAGCUGAGAAGUGUCGUUCUAAUGAAAAAAUUAAAGUUUUUAAUAUAUUCAACAGUACACCAAGAAAUGUAAAACCUAGUCGAUCAUAAUAAAUGUUAAAUGGAUUUAAAGAAAAAGUUGUGUAUUCAUCUCAUAAUAGAGUAUAAUUAAAUAAUCAAAUUUUAGUAACCAUCUGGUGCUAAACCUCCAAUUUCUAGUAGAAUCAAUGAAUCCUAAGAAUUAAUUUAAAAGGCAAUCAAACCUAAUAUGAUUCCAUUGAGGAAGUUUUUUAAUGAUAAUCAAGUCCAGCAGAAAUAACAUAUUAAAUUAGAAUUAGAAAAGCAUACAAAUAACAAUAUUUUAGAAUUAUUACUCUUAACUACUGGAGAAUUAAAGAAAAAAUUCUAGGAUGAACAUAAGUUAAGAGAUAAUAAUAGUAGAUAAAACUCAGAGGAAAGAGUAAAAAUUAAAGUAAGAAACAGCCAUAAAUUUCCAAAGGAUUUCUUUCUAUGAUUAUAUUUUUUAAUUAAUGUUCAAUGUUCUCA